AUGGCAACUAAAAAUAAACCAAAUUUAUCAGUUCAAGAUGUAAAGUUAUUGAAUGUCAAUGAAUUGACCCCAUUAACACCAAAUGUUAUUAGUAGACAAGCAACAAUUAAUAUUGGUACCAUUGGUCAUGUAGCUCAUGGUAAAAGUACUGUAGUUAAAGCAAUCUCUGGUGUUUUGACAGUUAGAUUUACAUCAGAAUUCAAACGUAAUAUUACAAUUAAAUUAGGUUAUGCAAAUGCAAAGAUUUAUAAAUGUGAUAACCCACAAUGUGAAAGACCAGGUUGUUACAAAUCAGCACGUUCAAAUACUGAAGAUAAUCCACAAUGUGAAAGACCAGGUUGUGGUGGUAGAAUGACUCUCUUACGUCAUGUUUCUUUUGUAGAUUGUCCAGGUCAUGAUGUUUUAAUGGCAACUAUGUUAAAUGGUGCAGCAGUUAUGGAUGCAGCUCUUUUAUUGAUUGCAGGUAAUGAAUCAUGUCCACAACCACAAACUAGUGAACACAUUGCAGCUAUUGAAAUUAUGAAUCUUAAAAAUAUUAUCAUUCUUCAAAAUAAGAUUGAUUUGGUAAAGGAAGCAGCAGCACAAGAACAAUAUGGUCAAAUUUUGAAAUUCAUUCAAGGUACAAUCGCAGAGAAUGCACCAAUCAUUCCAAUCUCUGCUCAAAUGAAAUACAAUAUCGAUGUCAUUUGUGAAUACAUUGUUAAAAAGAUUCCAAUCCCAGUUAGAGAUUUUACAUCAGAUCCACGUAUGAUCGUUAUUCGUUCAUUCGAUGUCAAUAAACCAGGUUCUCGUGUUGAUGAAAUUAAAGGUGGUGUUGCUGGUGGUUCAAUCUUGAAGGGUGUAUUAAAGAUUGGCGAUGAAAUCGAAGUUCGUCCAGGUGUUAUCAGUAAGGAAUUGGAUGGUAAAAUCAAAUGUUCCCCAAUCUUCUGUAGAAUUAUCUCUCUCUUUGCUGAAGAGAAUGAACUUCAAUACGCUGUACCAGGUGGUUUAAUUGGUGUUGGUACAAAGAUCGAUCCAACCCUUUGCAGAGCUGAUCGUUUGGUUGGUCAAGUUUUAGGUUCAGUCGGUAAAUUACCAGAAAUUUUCGUCGCUCUCGAAGUUAACUUUUUCCUCUUACGUAGACUUUUAGGUGUUAAAUCCGAUGGUGAUAAACAAAGUAAAGUUAAAAAAUUAUCCAAAGAAGAUACCCUUAUGGUUAACAUUGGUUCAACUAGUACUGGUUGUCGUGUCGUCGCUGUUAAACAUGAUUUAGCUAAACUUCAACUUUUAACUCCAGUUUGUUCUCAAGAAGGUGAAAAAAUCGCUUUAUCAAGAAGAGUCGAUAAAAAUUGGAGACUUAUUGGUUGGGGUGAAAUUAAAAAAGGUACCGUUCUCACUAAUUAA